AUGUCAGUAUACACCGCACAUAAUAGAAAUAACAGGGAUAUCCUUGGUAUACCUUCUUCCCAAAAGAGUUCAUCACUGAAUAGCCUCACCCAUAGUAGCAGACGUAAGCUGCAUUUGAAUUCGGGUAUGUCAGAAUGUGAAAAUGAUGAUCCAUUAUUGAGAUCUGCAAGUAAAAUCAGAGACAUAAAUAGUACUUAUGUGAUUUCUGCCUGUAAAAAAACAGGAGAGGUACCUCUUACCCCUGACCCUGCAGGUAGAUUGGCACUUCAGAGAAGAGUUACAAGGAACAAAGAAUCAUCUUUGCGUGGCAGUGAGUUGGGAGACUCAACUGAAAAAACUGCAGAAACACGUCUUACAUUACAACGUCGUGCUAAAACAGAAUCUGUGGAAAAGUGGAAAACAGCUCAAACAGACUCUUGGAAAACAACACAGAAUGUGGGAAACCCAACAGAAAAUGAUUGUGCUUCCCUGGAAACGAGGAGAAAGGUAACAAUUGUAAAUAAUGGUAAAGACCCUUCUGUUGCAUCUUUUGUACCUUUAGCCAAAGACGGAAAAGACAUUGAAAUGAUGGCUGAUGAAAAACACAAAGAAACAUUUUCUGCCCUCCUUGGGGCAAAUGAACAUGUCGCACUUCAAUACUUAAGUAAUAGAGCACCCACUGAUUCCCAGAGUCAGACUAAAGUUGUUCCAUCCGGACACUUGGCAACAAAGCCUCUUCAGAGCAAGUUGAACAUCAAAGUGCCAGGAACAGGAAACUUGUAUCAUAGAAGUAUUGGGAAGGAUAUGGCAAAAAAUUCAAAUAAAUUUGAAAGCUUAGAAAAAAGAACACCUACAAAGUACAUUGUAGGACACAAAUCGACACCGAAGUGUGGCACGCCACAGCUUACAAGCCCAGCUGCAUCGAUACUGAAAAAUAGGGUGCCUAGCCUCCAAGUUAAACAAAAGCCAAGAAGUUCUCUUCUAGCAAAUGAAAAGGAAAGGUCACAAGAAAAUACACUCCUUCUUGAAGAGGAAACAACAGGUCGGAACACCUCUAUAGAAACAGACCCCUUAAAAGUAGAGAACAGUCAAGUGACAGUGGCAGUACGUGUGAGGCCUUUCAGCAAGAGAGAGAAGGUUGAAAAAGCAUCCCAGGUGGUCUUCAUGAAUGGGGAAGAAAUAGCUGUGGAACAUCCGGACAUGAAACAAGUUUAUAAUUUUAUUUAUGAUGUUGCAUUCUGGUCUUUUGAUGAAUGCCAUCCCAACUAUGCUAGCCAGACGACUGUUUAUGAGACACUAGCAGUACCCCUCCUCGAGCGUGCCUUUGAAGGCUACAAUACCUGUCUCUUUGCUUAUGGUCAGACCGGCUCUGGAAAAUCAUAUACGAUGAUGGGACUUAGUGAAGAACCAGGAAUAAUUCCAAGGUUUUGUGAAGAUCUUUUUGCUCAAGUAGCCAAAAAACAAACUCAGGAGGUCAGCUAUCACCUUGAAAUGAGCUUUUUUGAAGUAUAUAAUGAAAAAAUUCAUGACCUUCUGGUUUGUAAAGGCGAAAACGGACAGAGAAAGCAACCACUGAGAGUAAGGGAGCAUCCUGUCUCUGGACCAUAUGUUGAAGCUUUGUCAAUGAAUGUUGUCAGUUCUUACUCUGAUAUCCAGAGUUGGCUAGAAUUGGGAAAUAAACAAAGAGCGACUGCUGCUACUGGUAUGAAUGAUAAAAGCUCCCGAUCGCAUUCGGUUUUCACCCUGGUGAUGACCCAGACCAAGACGGAAUCUGUGGAAGGGGAGGAACAUGAUCACAGAAUAACGAGUCGGAUAAACCUGAUAGAUCUGGCAGGCAGUGAGCGCUGCUCCACAGCUCAAACUAAUGGAGAUCGACUGAAGGAAGGUGUGAGUAUUAACAAGUCCUUGCUCACAUUGGGAAAGGUUAUAUCUGCACUUUCUGAACAAGCAAACCGAAAGAGAGUUUUUAUUCCUUACCGUGAAUCUGUUCUUACAUGGCUGUUAAAAGAAAGUCUGGGUGGAAAUUCCAAAACUGCAAUGAUCGCCACCAUCAGUCCUGCUGCCAACAACGUUGAAGAAACAUUAAGCACGCUGAGAUAUGCUAGCCAAGCCCGUAUGAUAGUCAAUAUCGCCAAAGUAAAUGAAGAUAUGAAUGCUAAGUUAAUUAGAGAAUUGAAAGCAGAAAUCGAAAAGCUAAAAGCUGCUCAAAGAAACAGUCGAAAUAUUGACCCUGACAGAUAUAGGCUGUGCCGGCAAGAAAUAACAUCCUUAAGAAUGAAACUGCAUCAACAGGAGAGAGACAUGGCAGAAAUGCAAAGAGCAUGGAAAGAAAAAUUUGAACAAGCUGAAAGAAGAAAACUUCAAGAAACAAAGGAGUUACAGAAAGCAGGAAUUACAUUUCAAAUCGACAACCAUUUGCCAAACCUUGUCAAUCUCAAUGAAGAUCCUCAGCUAUCAGAGAUGCUAUUAUAUAUGAUAAAAGAAGGAACGACGACAGUUGGAAAGUAUAAACCAAACUCAAGCCAUGAUAUUCAGUUAUCUGGGGUGCUGAUUGCUGAUGAUCAUUGUACUAUAAAAAAUUUUGAUGGAAUAGUGAGUAUCAUCCCAGUUGGAGAAGCAAAGACAUAUAUAAAUGGAAAACAUAUUUUGGAAUCCACAGUAUUACAUCAUGGUGAUCGGGUGAUUCUUGGUGGAGAUCAUUAUUUUAGAUUUAAUCAUCCAGUAGAAGUCCAGAAAGGAAAAAGACCAUCCGGUAGAGAUACUCUUACAAGCGAGGGUCCAAAAGACUUUGAAUUUGCAAAAAAUGAGUUGCUCAUGGCACAAAGAUCACAACUUGAAGCAGAAAUAAAAGAGGCACAAUUGAGAGCAAAGGAAGAAAUGAUGCAAGGAAUCCAAAUUGCAAAAGAAAUGGCUCAGCAAGAGCUUUCUUCUCAAAAAGCUGCCUAUGAAAGCAAAAUAAAAGCAUUGGAAGCAGAACUGAAGGAAGAGGCUCAAAGGAAGAAAAUCCAGGAAAUAAAUAACCAAAAGGCUAAUGACAAAAUUGAGGAAUUAGAAAAGGCAAAACAGCGACUUGAACAGGAAAUCUAUGUCAACAAAAAGCGAUUAGAAAUGGAGACUUUGGCUGCAAAACAGGCUUUAGAAGACCACAGCAUCCGCCAUGCAAGAAUUCUGGAAGCUUUAGAAACUGAGAAGCAAAAAAUUGCUAAAGAAGUACAAAUACUACAGCAAAAUCAAAGUAAUAGAGAUAAAACUUUUUUAAUUCAGACAAAUUGGAGCUCCAUGAAACUCUCAAUGAUGAUUCAGGAAGCCAAUGCCAUCAGCAGCAAAUUUAAAAAAUGUUAUGUUUUUGGCAGACAUGAUAUAUCAGAUAAAGGAAGUAGUUCUGAUACUUCUGUUCGGGUUCGUAACCUACAACUAGGGAUCUCAACUUUCUGGAGCCUGGAAAAGUUUGAAUCUAAGCUUGCAGCAAUGAAAGAACUUUAUGAGAGUAAUAAUAGUAACAAGAGUGAAGAUGUCUUUUGUGAUCCUGAAGAUGAAUGGGAACCUGACAUUACAAAUGCACCAGUGUCUUCUUUUUCUAGAAGGAGGAGCAGGAGCUUGAUGAAGAAUAGAAGAAUUUCUGGUUGUUUACAUGAUAUACAAGCCCACCCAAUUCAGAAUUUGAAUUCUUCCCAUUCAUCAGGCUUACUGGAGAAAUCGAGCACUAUUUACUCAAGUUCAGCAGAAUCUUUUCUUCCUGGAAUUUGCAAAGAAUUGAUUGGGUCAUCCUUAGAUUUUCUUGGACAGAGUUAUGAUGAAGAAAAAACCAUGGCAGACAGCCUGAUUAAUAAUUUUCUUAAAAUUUAUCACGGGCUAUUUGCCAUUUCCAAAGCUCAUGAAGAACAAGAUGAAGAAAGUCAAGAUAACUUGUUCUCUUCUGAUCGAGCAAUCCAGGCACUUACUAUCCAGGUCACAUGUGCUUUUGAGCAGCUUGUGGUGCUGAUCAAACAUUGGCUAAAUGAUACUCUGCCUUGUACCAGCACAGCAAGACUUGAAGAUGAAUUGAGACAAGAGGUUAAAAAACUAGGAGGCUACUUACAAUUAUUUUUGCAGGGAUGUUGUUCAGAUAUCUCAUCAAUGGUAAAGGAGGCUCAAAAGAAAAUAAUCCAAAUUGUACAACAAGCUGUAAAGUAUGUGGGACAGUUAGCAGUUCUUAAAGGGAGCAAGCUGCAUUUUCUGGAAAAUAGUAGCAACAAGGCUGCCAGUGUUCAGGAGGAUUUCGUGGAUGCUCUUUGUGAUGGUAUAGGCUUAGGAAUGAAGAUCCUAUUAGAUUCUGGGAUAGAAAAAGCAAAAGAACUUCAACAUGAACUCUUAAGGCAAUGUACCCAAAACGAGGUUGCCAAACAGAUGAAAGCUAAAGCCAUGGGAUUGAUUGGAUGUCUUGAAAACAUGUUUGCUGAGUGGAAAACAAAAAGUUUCAGAACUGAACUACAACAAGAAAAUUCUGGAUACCAAGAUUUGAAGAAGAUGGUUAAUCUUGCACCAGAAUUCCUGAAGUUAAAACAUUGCUUGGAGCAAACUAUUCAAAUUAUUAUUUCUGCACUGAGAGGAUUCCACAGUGACAAAAAUCUUCUCAAGAAUUGUGUUGAAAGUCUUUGCAGCUUGGCCAAGGAUCUUCAUGAUGACUUGAGCAUGCGCUCUACUUCUCUUGACAGCUGUGAGAAGAAAAUACCUCAAGUUGGCCAUGGGGGACUAGAAUCUCUAGUCAAGUCACUCCUCUUAUGUUUUGAAUCUGAAGAAAGACCUGAUUUGUUGAAUCCCUGGGAAACGUGUAACCAAAAUACCAGAGAAGAAGGACAACAAUCUAAAUCAAGCAGGACCGACUCUGUUAGGAACAAAGGUGUACCAAAGCAAGUGUAUGAACUCCAUGGCUUGUCCCCAGCAGUGACUUCAGAGGACAGCGCACCCAUUAGGAUUCAGUGGGUUUGA